CGUGAGGUUCAGUUAAAGACACUGCAUGCAAUACAGCGUGGAACUAGUAUGGCGCCAAUGCCGUGAAAUUGAAAUGGUAGCACGAGUAUAUAAACUCUGGCCUUCAUCCCAGAGGCUUUGGAUAGAGUUCGUAUCGAAAACUGGUCUCACUCACUUCCAUCACUGGGCUUAAUCCGACUGGUUCGGACUGUCUGUUUCAUUAUCUUUUGUCACAAGCUGUCCGUUCUAGGUUCCAUUCUUUCUAAUCUCCUCUUCCACCUCGAGAUUCUUACCUUACAUCAUUAUGUUUGCCAAAUUAUUCAUCGUGCUGGCUCUUUCCGCUGCAAACCUGGUAUGCGCCCAUGGCAACAUCCAAUCAGUUACAGGUGAUCGAGGUGGCAACGGGACCGCACUUGGCAUCAAGGGCGCAGUCGUGCCCAGAUUUGGUAAAAACGACAUUACGGAGAGCGACACUACGGUCUUCGGAGGCAAUGCCAAAAACCCAGCUCAGAACGGUCUUGGUAAGACUGCCAACGGAGAUGUAAAGGUAUCCGAUUUGAAAGACGCCAUGGCUCUGUCCGGCAGCACUUUACCUCAAGUUUCUGGUGAUGGAACUGGCACCAUUACUGGCAUUUGGCGAAUUGUGACCAGCGACGGUACGGCAAAUGAUAAGCACGGAAAUCUAUUUGCCGUAAUUGAUCCGACUGGUACGGGCAACUAUGAAGAUGGAAUGCAGCUCGUUGCUAGAUCAACCAUGGUGGGCAACGAUGGUAAUGUGGUGCAGCGUGCUUUACAAGCCAUUGGAGUCAGGAAACGUGCCACCAAUGUUGGUGCAGAUGCGAGAUUUUCUGUGAAUAUCCCUACCGGUAUCAAGUGCACUGGAUCGGAUACCGCUAGUGGGCAAGGCAACUUCUGUCUUUUAAAGGUCGUCAACAACAACAACAAUGGUCCUUUUGGAGGCAAUAUCGCUUUCCAGAUUGCUGGCUGUGGUCAUGAGGACGCCAAACGCGAGGUUCCCUUCGAAGCUUGAGGUGGGAAGGUGGAAGUUUUUGUUGCAUAUUCAAUCAUUGGACACAUGGAGUCUUUACCUUUUUUCGAAUGGCUCGAGCGUAUUUAACAGUUAUUUCGAUUCGUGUUUUGUCGAUUGACAGCGGGACGAGUCUUGCUGG